AUGUCGCCGGCAUCAGAUCCGGUACUACUUCUGGAAGUUUCACUCCACAUACCCGCAGAUUUUUCACUGGCGACGAAAGUACUCUUUCCAGGUGCUUCGAAGCACUCGCUCCUCCUGGUUGGCCUGCGCGGUGCAUCCGAACAUACUGCUGAGCCUGUCAUCUAUCUUGUUUCACAAGAAGAUGAUGUGGAGAAGCAUCUCGAGGGGAUCGAUUUGCUCGGCUUAGGCAUGGUUAUCACUAAGGGAAGAUUGAUGGUAGGGGAAGAUACUCCUACGCUCGAGGUGGAGAGCGUGGAUGAUGAACUGGUCGCGCAAGUCGAUGCUGCGAUGCGUGACCGUAUCACUUGUGGCUCGUCGAUUGGUCCUGUUGAUAUGCCCGAAUUUGCAGGUAGCUUUGGUUGCUGGCUCGAGGAUCGCGAGAAGAAAGAGUACUACGGCCUCAUGACAAGUCGUGUUGCCUGUGGCUAUAAUCUUCCCGACCAGGUUCACCAGGUUGAUGGCUUUGCACCGGUUCAGCAGCCGGCUGCAGCGGAUCUCAUGUCCCCUUGCAACAUCAACAUCGAGAUCCGUCGUCUUGAAACUGUAUUUGCUGAACUGGUCAAAGAUGCUCCGGAUUACGACAACUUGCCUUCCCGUGCUCACGUCGUGGCAGAAACAGUUGGAUUACUAAAAUCUUAUGCGAAAAGGUUGUACAUGGGCAAGGCCACUUCUGCCAAGGCCGGCGUCCGUCAGUGCAAGAAGAAUUAUCAACGUUGCAUCGAGGACUGGGCUUUACUGAACUUCCUGAGGAAGCACGUCGCGCUCAUCCUCCUGUGA